UUCCCAGACUUCCGAUCCUGGAUGUACGACUGAGGACUACCGUGAGCGCUGAAAGUUGUUUUCGAAGGUUUUUGGACGACUGGGGAAAAAACAAGGAGAUAUUUCUUUCCUCGCUCCCCCUUGAAGACUUCUUUGGACUCUACCGAAUACGCAAAUCGGUGGGCUUGCCCCCUAUUUGAAUUAAAACACAAGACUCAACCACUUAGUUUCGUGAGAACGGAAGACUAUAUAGCCACAGCUGGAUUCAGUUUUCUUUUCACUGAGAAAGAGAGGAUGUAUCGAAACUUUGGGAGUCAAGAAAGAGGCAACCCACCGUACACAGGCACCUCUGGGACAAACCCUGCUUCCCUUGGAAACACCAGCACUUCAGCCACACAUCAGGAGCAGAAGUUUACAAUGGCAGGGGCCAGUCAGUUUAUCCCCAGCCUCAAUGCCAUCACAAGCAACCAGGACCUCCAGUGGCUGGUCCAGCCCUCUCUCAUGCAUCCACCAGGCCCUUCGCGAUCACCAGUACCUCCUUACCCAGUCCACCCAGGGGCGAGGCCACUGGUUCCACCACCUUCCCAGUCUCACCUUCUCAGGACAGGGGUCAUAAGAACUUCUGCAAACAGCCCAUCUUCAACAAGGCGCAGGAAUGAUGAACAUUUAUCUCGGGAAGAAGUCGAAAGGCGCAGAGUAAGAAGGGAGAGGAAUAAACUGGCAGCAGCAAAGUGUCGCAAUCGGAGACGGGAGCUGACAGAUUCCCUGCAAACUGAGACAGACAUGCUGGAGGAUGAAAAGUCCCGCUUGCAGAAGGAAAUAGCUGAACUACAAAAGGAGAAAGAGAAGCUUGAACUGGUCUUGGAAGCUCACCGACCCAUUUGCAAAAUAGAGGACUCUGAUUCGGAUUCUGACUCAGGUCCAUCCAUUUCCUCUUUGGCAGCCAUCAAACUAGAGCCAGCGGACUCCUGCAGUCCUGGACCCUCAAUCAAACCACCCAUAAAGCUGGAGAAGCCCAGACCAAGGAUAACUAUCCCCACAAAGCCUGUAACAUCAACCGCCUCUGCUGUUGCUACUGAAUCAGAGUCACUCCACACCCCAGUUCUCUCCACGCCCUCUAUCAUGUCCUUCACAGCUGGCACAGUUUUCACCUACCCCUCUGCCUCUUUAGACACCAGUGCCUCCAGCACAUCCCACGUUACAUCACACCAGGGAAGUGUCCAGCAGUCUCAGGCCCCACAGCCCUGUGGGAUAGCUCAUCGCCGCAGCAGCAGCAGCGGUGACCAGUCGGAUCACUCCCUGCACUCACCAACCAUCCUCUCACUGUAAUCGACGGCCCUGCCUUCCUGGCAAUACACUAAGUUUGAUUUCAGCGCAGUCACAGUGCAGGAUGUCAAGGAAAUGUGAUGGAAGUGAAAAUGACGGCUCUUAUCAUUUCGAAACUAGCAACGUGCAGCUGCUCGAUUUCUUUAGAAAGUUGAUGCUUUUCUUAGAUAAUAUGCAAAUCUGUGGCAUUAUUAGAAGACGAAUGUUACACUUUUUUUAGUUUUUAUAAGAAUAUAAAGUCUUUAUAUUUCUAAUUUUCAGAGUUAUAAAAUAAGAAUGAGUGUGUUUGAGGUUUAUUGCGAAAGCACUGCAUGCAGACUAUAUUCUCUAAUUAUACAAACGUUGUACUGUGAUAACUCCAUUUAAUCAUAUAUUAUUAGAUAUAAUACAUUAUAAUGUUCCCUUUGAUGAGUUACUAUAUUGUUACAGUGUGUUGUGAAAGUCCUCAAAAAGGGAAACGGAGUGCUUAAACUAACAGGUCCAUAUUUAUGCGUGGACCCUUUCAGAACCCUAAUAUUAUCUUUAUACAAAUUACUGACCACUAAGGCUGGGCCAUAGGAGUUAUUAUAAAUGAUAUAAUCACAUAUUUAUUAUGGAGAAUAUAAUAUAUUUUUUGGUACUGUUUAUGUUUUCUGUUAAAAUGAACUGUUUGGAGGGCAGUGCCUUAAAUUUGUCUUUGUUUGAAAAAAACCAGAUAAUAAAGAACAAAGGUGUGUGCAAAGAGAAA